UCAAUUAUUUCCUCCAUCCACCGCGUCCCCACCCCACGCACACACACACGCACACACAUCGCCUAACCUGCCUGAAGCUGAGCUGAGCCUCAGUACAGGGAUCACAAUGGUUCACCCAGCUGUGAGCAUUGCUCACAACUCAUGCAUAAAGGUGCAGCCACCGCCAGUGGACUACUCGGUCACUAUUGUUGAGGUGGAAGAGGAUGGCUCUCCCGUGAAGGAUCACUUUGUGUGGUCUAUUGUCUCCUUCGUCCAUUUUAAUUUCUGCUGUCUUGGACUCUGGGCUUUGAUCUUUUCAGUUAAGGCUAGAGAUCAGAAAUUUAUGGGAAACAUGAAUAAAGCUCGAGAGUAUGGAUCCAAGGCCAUGAACCUGAAUGUAACGGCUUUCUCCCUGACUGUUAGUUUCUUGCUCUUGCUGGUGUACUUGAUUACUGUUUGCCAUGGGUGAGGGACACUCCCUGAAGAGUAAGGUCUCUCAUCUUCACACUCCCAGGAACAAGAUGGAGAAAGCACAACAGCAGAGCAAAUCGCAAGCUAACCGGACCCCAGCACAGUUUUGAUUAUUUUUUUUAAAAAAUCUGUUACAAUUGGUGUGUUUAUUGCAAUGAAAUGAUCAUUAACUGCUCCAAUGUUGCUCUACCCAGCUGGGCAUGGAAAAUGCUGAUCUGUAGUACACGUUAGAUCCAAAUAGUUUGCUUUUGGGGAGGAGGGUGGGGAUGGGAACUCAUAUUCAAUGCUAUAACUGUCAUGAAAUACAUUGCAGAAUAAAAUCAAUGCUUGCUUUGAGAAA